UAAUUUUGCUUUGUUCUUCUCUUUGGUUUGGACAAAGAGGAACUCUGUGUGCUUACUCACACUUUGUCAUUGUGGUUCUCUUUGCCAACACUUUUUCUCGGUGUUUGCCACAUGUUGUAUCAAUUUGAGUCUCCUGCUGCCAGACUUUGUGUUAACAUCAAAGUGGACCAAAUCAGGAACACUGUGAUUCCUAAGACGUCUUCUUUUUUGUCCGCUGCCUGUUGUGCACAAUGAAAAUUUGCAACAGAAUAUCCCACCUGCUGUUCACGCUUAUUUACAUUUCAUUACACACAGUUCUGGGUGCAAAACAACUCAAAGCCUCGGCUGAAGUGUCUGCAUUUAUUGGAAAUGAUGUCACCAUGCCCUGCCAAUUAAUCCAGCAGCCAGAGAAUACAAAUAUUACUCAGGUUCAGUGGACUCUCCUGCAACCAGAGCAAGAGGGAGUCCCCCUUAUUGUUUAUAACAGUCAGCUUGGGUUGAAUAUUCCCAAUUCUCCACUGAGCCAGAGGGUGAAGUUGGCAGGACAAUCGCUGAUUAUUAAGGCUGUGGAAAUGGAAGACGCGGGGUUGUACACCUGCAGCAUUUCCGCCUUUCCCAGUGGUAAAUUUGAAAGAAUCACCAAACUUGUUGUUGAAGGUGAGAUGGUGAGAUUACCAAAACUGAUUGCUUUUGGAGUAUUCUUGCUGAUAAAUGGUGCCAUGAUAGCCACGACUUAUUUCAUAAUUAGAAGAAUAAGACGUAACGCUAUCAUUGAGCAUCGGGUCUACACAGGUGAGUUCUACUUCUCUGAAUUUCUAAUACAGAGCAGCAAUUUAUUUUAUGGCUUUAGUCUCGUUUCAUUUCGUUUUCAUAAAAUGAUUCUGUCUUUCAGAUACAGUUGAAACAGUGAUGUUAGACUGAAAGAGGUGAGCUCACAGCUGGUUUAAUUUAAGAUUUCUAGCUCAUUUUUUUUUUCAAAUUUAGUUACUUUGACAAAAACAAAUUUGAAAUCAACCUGAUGAAAACAAAGAGAAUAAAAGCAAGUACUGAACUGUUACACGUGCAGGUACACGAUCUUUUCUGCAGUGAUGUCGAGUUCAAACCAUCCUGAAAUGUACCUCAUCCUCCGCUGACAAGCAUAAAGAGACUCAGGAUGUUACGCUUCAAAUGAAGAUACUCUUUUACAUUACUCAUUACAACAGUUACAUCUUCAUAGCAAUGGAUACAUAAAGUAAAGCCUACAAGAUGCUACUGGUCUAUAUUUCCCUUAAAGCUUUUUUUUUUUCUUGUCUCAAUGCAUGCCUGCCGAAAGGGUAGUAAAUGCAUGCUUGGUUCGGUGGUUUAGAGCAAACAUUGGUCAAUCUUUGCAUUACAGCAAAGUUUUUCAAUUUACAAUUUCACAAUUUGCCUAAAGAGAGGAAGUCACAGGAAGUACUCCUGCACAUUCCCAGAAGGGACACCACUUAAAGGUGUUUUGGGGCAGCAGUGGCCCAAAAUGUGGAAGGUUUAAUGGGUGUUAGAGUUGUCACUGCAAUAUAUGAUUGGCCACCACGGGGCUCCAUAUAUUUGCCUGGUUUGUUUCUCCUGAUGGUGUACCUCUGUGAAAGGUAUUGAGGGCUAUUUGCAAUCAAAAGUUUUAGUUGGGUCUUUUGGCUGUUGGUUCCAAAAUCAGUUGUUGGCUGUGAAUAUUUCUUCCAUGAGCCAGUAGCAGAACAAACUUCAGCACAAUGGGGACCUCAUGUGCUCAAUUGAUGUAAUGCAAUUAGCCUUUAAAUUUGGAAGUGUUCAAAUCAAACUUGAUGACCUCCCUAACUUCAUAUAUGUAUGU